UCGGGGCGCUCAGAGGAAACGUGCAGGGCUGUGCUGGACGGGAACUGGACAGCCCCUCGGGGGGACACAACUAGUCAGAGCUUUUGGAGCAGCAGCGGGGGUCAGGCCGCGGAGCCGGGCCCCUGCCCUGUGCCUGCGAGCGCCGGCAGCGCGGGCUUGGGGCCGGGCCCCUCGGGCAGCGGCAGCGGCAGCAGGCCCCAGGCCGGCGCACGGAGCGGGCAGCCUCCACCCCGCAGCCUGUCCGCGGAGCCGGCCGGGCCCCGCGCAGGUGACACUGGCGCUGCUCCGGCCACCGCCGAGCUUCCUGCUUCCCAGAAGGUGCCGGCGCCGCGGCAACAGGAACUGAGGCUGGGAGGAGGCGGUGCCGCCGCUCCCCGCCGCGCUCACGGCCCGAGCCGGGGGAGCGGAGCAGCCGUGGGCCGCCGCCAGCCGCCGCCGCCGUAACCUUCCCCCCCCCUGCCCCGGGGCCGGCGCGUCCCUCCUGUCCCUGCCGGCCGGGCGACGUGUUUCCCCGCGGGGGGCGCGGAGCGGCCGCCCGGGGCCCGAGAUGUGACCAUGGCCAGCAGGAUCAAGGAAAAUCCAGAAAGUACGUUUGAUUUGGUACUCAAGGUAAAAUGCCAGGCUUCUGAAAAUGAAGAUCCGGUGGUACUGUGGAAGUUCCCGGAGGACUUCGGAGACCAGGAGGUGCUGCAGAGUGUGCCGAAGUUCUGCUUUCCCUUUGACGUUGAAAGGGUGUCCCAAAAUCAAGUAGGACAGCACUUUACCUUUGUGCUUACAGACAUUGAAAGUAAACAAAAGUUUGGAUUUUGCCGGUUAACAUCAGGAGGCAAAGUCUGCCUCUGUAUUGUAAGUUACCUGCCGUGGUUUGAGGUAUACUACAAGUUGUUAAAUACUCUGGCAGAUUAUUUGGCUAAAGAACAGGAAAAUGACUUGAAUGAUGUGUUAAAAUCACUGUAUAGCCACCCUGUGCCAAAGGCAAACACUCCUGUCAGUUUAAACGUGCAUUCGUACUUCAUUACUCCUGAUGUAACUGGAUUGCCAACAAUCCCAGAAAAUAGAAAUCUUACUGAAUAUUUUGUUGCUGUGGAGGUGAACAACAUGAUGCAACUUUAUGCCAGUAUGUUGCAUGAGAGACGAAUCAUUAUUACCUCUAGCAAACUAAGCACUUUAACUGCUUGUGUUCAUGGGUCAGCGGCAUUGUUAUAUCCAAUGUAUUGGCAACACAUAUACAUCCCAGUGCUUCCUCCACACCUUUUGGACUACUGCUGUGCACCAAUGCCGUAUCUAAUUGGAGUCCACUUAAGCUUAAUAGAAAGAGUAAAAAAUAGAUCACUGGAGGAUGUGGUUAUGCUAAAUGUUGACACAAACACUCUAGAAAACCCAUUUAAUGACCUGAACAACCUACCUAGUGAAGUGGUCUCAGCCUUGAAAAAUAAACUGAAGAAACAGUCUACAGCUACAGGUGAUGGAGUAGCUAGGGCCUUCCUUAGGACACAGGCAGCAUUGUUUGGAUCCUACAGAGAUGCACUAAGAUACAAACCUGGAGAGCCUAUCACUUUCUGUGAGGACAGUUUUGUGAAGCAUCGUUCAAGUACUACCAAACAGUUCCUGGAAACUGCAGUGAAUCUUCAACUUUUUAAACAGUUUAUUGAUGGUCGACUAUCAAAGCUAAAUGCAGGAAGAGGGUUCUUGGAUGUUUUUGAAGAAGAGAUCACUUCUGGAGGCUUCUCUGGAGGAAAUUCAAGAUCUUAUCAGCAGUGGGUGCAUACAGUAAAGAAAGGAGGUGCGCUAAUCAACACAGCCAUGACCAAAGCCAGCCCUGCUGUGAAGACAGCUUACAAAUUUGCAAAAAGUCAUGCAAAGCAGGGAAUAAAAGAAGUGAGGAGUAAGUUAAAACACAAGGAGAGUGAUGAAGAAUAUGGAACUUGUAGCUCUUGUGUACUACAGUCAGCGCCAGUGUACAGAUUAUACAAUCAGAAAAGAGGAAACUCAGAAAAACGAAGACUUGCCCAGACGCGUUUCAACCAACACCUUAUCAAUGUCAGCAAUCAUGAUUCUGCCCUGGAUGAUGACGACGAUGAUGAAAUGGACAGAACAAGCAAGUUAUCGUCUGAAGACAGCGAGGAAGCUUCCGCUUAUUUUUAUGAUAGUGACGAUUCUGGUGAAACAGGAGUAAUGUCUUAUCACACAGGAGAAAUGGACUUGCUGGGAGAGAUUUUGGACACGCUGAGCACACACAGUUCAGAUCAAGGAAAGCUCUCAGGAGCAAAGAGCCUGGAUUUCUUUAGAUCAACGGAUGAUAUUGAUUAUAAGGCUAUGGAAUUGGUCUCAGUUAUCAUUCUAGAGGCUGUUGAUAUUAAUCUGGACUCCCCAAUUGAAAAUAGGGAACAAGUCUAGUGCACCUAGUGAGAGCAACCUCGCUCUGCUCUGUAGUGGUACUAAUGACCCAGGGGAGUGGAAUCUUGGUCAGGAUGAUAGUGUUCUCCAUGGGAAACAGCUCCCUCCAUUGCCAAGGAAGCAAGCUGAUUUCAGUGACCAUAUGGAAUCUGUCUCUGGGCUGCAAAAAGAAAACAGUGACAAAACCCUUAGUGCUGACCACGUGGAUUUCCCUAAAGAUUUUGUAAAGUCAGCUUCUCCAACACAAUCAGUUGCACAACUUGCUUCUCUGGAAUUUUCCCAAGUAGAAGACUCCUUCCCUAGGAAGAUAAAACCGAAUGAAACACUAAGCAAUACCUCAGAGGAUCAGCUCCCUGUGAACCUUUGUCAACAUCCAUCCAUUCUAAUUCCUUGGCAAAAAGAAGGGGAUGAAGGAAAGGAAACCCCAGAAGAAAGUGGGCUUCUUCAUGAAGUUGUGUCAUUAUGUAAAGUGACCUCUGCUUUUCACCACAGUUUAAACAUUUCAGAGGAUAAUUACUCCAGUAAUAGCAGUGGAAAUAAAGCAUAAAGGAACUUUGAAACUAUUUCCAUGGGAGGUUAAAGAGAGACUACUCAGGAGUCCACCUAAUACAUGAUAACCAAAAGAUCCCAAAGGAAUAAUUACUUUUACGUUUUAAAAUCCUUCUGUUUUGAUUAGUACAUGGAUUUAGACAUCUGCAUAUAUAUGUUUCUCAGUUAAUUUCUUGGUUGUGUUUAAGUCCACAAGAUGGAACUAAAUGUACUAAUGCACUCUUAAAUCAGGUACUAGUUUGUAUGUAUGUGGAAUAUACAACUGGUGCAUGGUGCUUACUAAUGUUCCUUUGUGCAGCAGGAAGUGUAUCACCUUUGCAUAUAUCCAGAUACUGAAGGUACUGUAUUAAUCCUGUUGGGCAUGAAAUGAACAAAAUUGUUUAGAUUUGUCUGAAACAUACAAAUAUCGAUGUUUGUAAUGAGUUAAUUGCCUUAAUCAUUUGGGGAAAGGUUUAAAUGUCUUAGAAGGUGACUUGCAAAUGUUCAGAAGAGUAAUAAUGAUUUUCCAUGGCAGAUAUCUGCUUGAGCAAAGGGGAAAAAAGACCUUUUCUAAACUAAAGGAUCUCUUGUGAAUAAUAGGGAGCUUGUUAUAAACAGAAACUGUGGCCAUGUCUUCCAGACCUUGAAAAGGUGGUGCAUACUUUUCUCUUAUGAAGUGCUGAAUGAUAAUGUGAAGUUACUUAACUUCUGUUUACAACUAAGGCACUUUAAAGAUGUAUUAUCCAGUGUCCCAGUGUAGAUGUUUUCAUCUAGGAAUUUUCAGAAAGGAAAGUAUAAGUGAAAUUGAUAGAUUUUAUUGCUGUUUUUAAAAUUUCUACAAUUUAAUAAUUCUGUACUAACAUUAAUUUGUGCCACUGCUGAACAUGACCAUUCGAUUUUUACAAGCCACCUUUAAAAGAAACAUUAAAUUAUUGCUUUGCUGCUUAGGAGUUUUGUUUUGUUGAGCUGUGCAGUAUUUUAAAGAGCAGUGAAUGAAGAUUACUUAUAACACUAGACAUCUAAAGUAAUUGGUUCAGGAAUUAAGAAUGCAAAUACCCCACUCUCAUGUAUACAAGAGAAUCUUUUUGCAAUUACAAGGAAGGGAAUUAAAUGGAUGUACUAUAUUUAGGCAUAAACAUUUAUCCCCUUUCGAGCACAUAGCAUUCCUAGAGGAUAUUUCUGUAUUUAAAAUUCAAAAAGUAGAUUCCUCCCUGAGUAGAGCACAUCUAUUCAUUCUCCUUGUCCGCCCCUCUUUGUCCCCUGCCUUCUGUAGAUCAGAAUGAGUACAUUCUGGGGUGAACCACGCUAGGCCAAAAAUGGCAACUUUGAAUACAGUGUAUUGGCAUGUGUAACACAAAGCAAGGAGUAACAGGAUUUGUCAUUGCAAGGAAUGCUCUCCCACUCUUCCUCACCAACAGCAGGAAUCUUCUUCUGUGGCAAAAACGGCUUAGUGGUAUCCUCAGCACAUACCAGAGAAAGCAAGUUGAAAUCAGGGGUUAGGGGAAGGUUGGGCUGCAGUACUUUGGUUGUGGAUCACUGCACAGAUUAACACCAGUUGCCAUGUUUGGGUUUACAAAGGAAGUUUCCUUUUGACUAAUGCGAUUUGGCUUUUCUUUUCCCGUUUUAUCACCAUGAGCAGCAGGCAAUUGGUUAUGUCAGAUGGCUCAAGGGAAUUGGUGUGUGAUCCCUUUGGGGAGGUUGGGGGGUGGUGGCUGUUUGAUGCUCUGCCCAUGAGAUCUAGUGUCUAAUACUACCUUGUCAUUUCACAUAACUUUGUUGGCAACAUCCCUGGCAUUGUAAAAGAAGGUCUUGUAUCCCAAACUACAGACUCUGAGUGGGAGAAAAGGAGGGGGGAGGCAGAUUUCAGCCACGCCACUGGUGAGGAUGGGCCACAUUACUGGGUAAUGGUAUGAGGCCCCUUCACCAAAAUGCCCCAUUUUACGUGCAAGGGAAAAGGUCAGGUAGUGGACUCACAAUUCACAAUAUAAUGACCUUGUUUGAUUAGAACAUGGAAGUUUUUAUAGGUGUGUUCAGUAUAUAUUUCUGAAGAGGUCCUCAGCAGCAUAUUGGUGCUGAGGAUGAUUGUAAGAUUUGCAUCCUGAUCUGUCUUAGGGUUUUCUGUAGUACAUAUCACCAUAGUAUCUGAGAUUCAGGUGGCGUCUUUAUUUGUGUUAUCCCAAAAAGGGGCACUUGGCAAAACUGUGUUUGAGUUACUGAGGACCAAAAUUAUUAUUAACCCAUAAACUAUUAAACAUUUUAGCUGGUUUAUCAGAUAUCAAGAAAUAGGAAGUGUCAGGUCUGAACAGUAUUUAAAUGGGGGAGCUCCAAGGAAAACACAAGAUGUUGCAGGAGGUGGUUCAGGGAGUCAGGAAGUGGAAUGCUGCUUUGUUGGUCCUGAAUCAGUACCUAAGUAGGUUAUGCUGUGCUGUUAGGUGCGUUUAGGAUAAGACAGGAAAAAGAAAAGUUCUACCAAUCUCAUAGCAUUUCUUGUUUGAUUGUUGCUCUGAUAACACUAGAAACAUGAAAUGCUCAGAUGCAUUCUUAUUUAUGUAACUGCAUUUUGCUAACCUUAAUUCCAUAUACCAGUGGCUGGCAGGGGAUCCCGACCCACAUGUUUUACCACGUUCCAGCUCAGGGACUUUAUAACCAGCAAUCCAGGUCCUCAUUCCCAUUCCCUGUCACUGUUUCCCCAGUCUCCUUCCUACCAAGCUUCCGUAUCUUCUCUUUCCUGGUUCUCGGUUUACCACUGGAGCCUCCUCUACUCCUCGUGGCUACUUCACUCCUCCUAGCCUCUUUCCAGACUCCUUACAAUCCCUGCUGCUUUCAGCCUCUUGGUUUUUUAGUGCUGGCCCAGCCCUCCCCCAAGCUGGGCUUCCCUCUCAGUUAACUCUGGCCCUCCUUCUCUCAGGUGAUGUCAAGUGACCUAAUUAGCUUCUCAGGCCUUUAUUAACCCAAUCAGGGCUGGUGUGGUGUGCACACCCUAUCACAGUAGGUGAAGUGAAUUCUUGGGUAGAACUAGGAGGAAUCAGAAUGAGAUAAUGUGAAAAACAUUAGGAAUCUACUAGGAAAAUAAGCGCUAUGCACAUUUGUAAGAUGUUAUAUUAAAUGCUUUUAUAUCCUAUAGACUUAUCAGUUUCUGUCUUGGAGAAAAAAAAUAAGCUUAUCAGAAAUUCUAGUGAUGUUUACUUUUAAAUCUAUAAAAGAAUUUUUCUUUCAGGAAUGCAGCAUGAGAUUUAAGAAUGGGGUUUUCAAAAACAUCUAAUGGACCAGCUUUCACUGACUUUUGAUAGGAGUUGGGCACCUGGAUCCCUUAGGCACUUCAAUGGAGGAGAAUUUGGAAGCCAUACCAGGUUGCUAAUGUCCCUUUAAUGAUUAUUAGGAAUAUAGCAUCGAAAAAAAGAUUUGGGAAUUGUACAAUAUUGAUGCCUUGAUGGGUUAUUGUUUUAUAAGUAAUAUUCAUGUCUCUGAUAAGUGAAAUUGCUAAAGUAGAAAGUUAAAAGAUGGCUGGUAAAAUUCAACUUUUUGAAUUAUUUUUUAUUGCAGUAGCCGUGAAUGUGUUAGGAUUGUCACACUAAUGUCAAAUCCUUUGCAUAUUGCUGAUGUGAUUCAUAGAAUGUUUACAGUAUUUUGACUAUUGUCUUCCUUCUUUUCAAACCCUAAAUACCUUAAAAUAUAGCCUUGUCGUUUGUUUGAUUAAUUUAAAUUUAUCCACAUUUUUAGAUUCUUUACCACUUGAUAUCAAAGAUCUUUUUGAAAGGCUGAUAUUGGUGCCUUAUUUAAAUAUACAAAAUUACCAAGCAUCUUCCAUAUUAACAACAAAAAAACAGUUAACCAUGCCAAAUUUAUCAAAUAGAGUAGCAACUCUGAUAUCUCCAGCCAACACAGUUCUACUCUGUUCUUAGUGCAGUAUCCGUCUGUCUGUAGGCCACGUCUACAGUAUUUUGAUUAUCACAGACAGUCCCAUGGUAAGAAAAAUUGUCCAAGUCAAGGAUUUUACAAGUUUUCAACUAUUCUCAUCUGUAUGAAUUCUCCCAAUGCCUUCUAAAGCAUCAGCAUUAAUCUCCAUCUACUGGUGAGAGCUGAACUCAGUUCAGUGAAAAAGCUCCUCAGGACUCCAGUAGAGGCACUGUUUUUCAGCUGAAUCAGUAUUUUCAGCUUCCUAUUUUUCCCCCAUGAGGAAAAUGUGAGAUUUUUUAUUUAACUUUGCACUCUCUUAUCUAUACUUAGGGACAAAGUCCUGACCUAGUCAGUUACACUGGGACUUGAAUUUCAGGUCUUCCAGUUCAUCUCUAAUAGAUUAUGCACCGUGCCUCCAUGAUGUGACCCAUAUCCCCAUUCUGCUUGGGAAAAAACAAAGUGAGAGCAUCAGAAGGGAGAGACGCUCCCCAGGAUUCCCCUCUCUGACUUUUCCCUGUAUUGUUCCAUUGGGGAGAUACAGCUGGGCCCCUCAUGGAUCUGUGGAUCUCAGUGUGUAUUCUGGAGUCCUGGGCCUUGUCUCAUUCUAGCUGUUUUGCAGCAUAACUCCAAUGCAACCUUUUCAUCAAAUCCCCCACAGGGGGAAGGAUGAUCUGUGGCCCCCAUUAUCGCCUUCCCAUCUCUCCAUGUGUAGAUCCCCAAUACUGUGAAAAUCCUUUACAGAAGCCCAGGGAUGGACAGAACCAUGGAUGCAGAGCCAAUCCCUGCCCUCCCUGUAUGCAUGUGGAGGGAGAUCUGUACAGGAGAUGAUUGAGAACAGUGUGUCAGUCACAGUGCCAUGUUUUGGGGUAGUAUCACUUCCAAAAUAGCCUUGUUUUGAAGGAAGAGUGUAGUUUGAGAAGCUGUGAAAUAACAGUCAUGACUGAAACCUUCAGUCACGUAGCAUUUCUGAGAAUGAUAUUGCUGAUUGGCUAAAGGUGGGAUUUUCACAAAGUCUCAGCAUUAGCUAGACUCUGCUUUCAAGGAAGUCCAUGGGCAUUUUAACAUUGACUUCAAUGGGAGCAGACUUAGACCAAUGCUGAGCACCGUUGAACUCCUACCUAACUUACAUUUUUAAAAGAUUUUAAAAUUUGGGUUUGUGUGUCUUUCAGGCUGUAGAAUGAGUUUUUCCUAACCCCAUGUUAUUAUUAAUUAUAUAUUUCUAGGCAAAGAAAUUUUAAGCCAGUUAAACUGUUUCUAAUUUUGCAUCCACAAUUAAUUGUUGGGUUCAGUUCUACAGAACAAUCAGUUGUGGAACCCUCAAAUCAUAUUGGUAGGUAAAUGUCUAUAAUCUGUGUUAUGUACAUGUAAUUGAUUGCAGGAGCAAAACUUCAUGCAGGGAAACUAGAUUCUAGGUUGAGGCCCUUUUGAAAAUCUGGCCCUUUGUGUAAUAAAAACUUGCAUUAGUCCCCAUUCAGGAGCAAGGAGCCUACGCAACUGCUGAUCUAUGGAAGCUUUGCCAUCCAUCCUCCCUGUAAAUACUAUUAAAAGGAUAGUGUCUGUUCCAAGGGGUUUACAUAGGGGUUUCUAUCUUAGCAGAUGUUUAUUGUCACAUGGGGCACCAUGGGCUGACUGCCCAAAAGGAGUUCGGUGCCUAAGUUUCCAGUUUCGGGAUCACUGCAAUCCCCAGUAUUCCUACUGAAACCCUGUAGGCACCUAAACUCAUUCAGCGACUUAAGUUUUUGUAGUAAAAGUUCCCUAGGAGCCCAUGUUUCUGCCUCUGAGCACACACAGUGCUUCCUCCCUGUGGGCAGACACCUAUUUCCUGCGUAAGCCCCAGAAUGAUGCACAAACCAGGAGAAAACAAGCUUUUGGCGUUGAACUUGCCUGAGGAGCCCAAUCCAGUAGGCAUGCUCAAAGGCUGCCCACUGAAUCAGGCCCCCAUAGAUGAGUUUUUACAGAACAGCCAGAGGAGGUGGAGGAAGACCUCUCUCGUAUUUUUUAGCACAGUGGUUAGGGUACUCCCCUGGGAGGUGAGAGAAGGGGUUUGAACAGGGAUCUGCCACCUGUCAGGUGAGUGCUCUAAUCAUGGCCUGUGGGAUUUUAGGGAGGGGGGGGUUUAACCAAAACAAUUUGGUGAAGUUACGCAAAUUCAUUAAAUGUUUUGAUGUCACUGAAUCUGCAUUUUUCACCAAAACAAGUUUAGGUUGAAAAAUUUUGCCCAGUUGUAGUUGGGAUGAAAAGUUCAAAGUAUGAACCAUAUCCCAGGUUUUACUACACGGGCUCAACAGAAGCUAGAUUGUACAUUACUUAGGUCAGUUUUAACAGGAUUCACAUUUAGAGUCCAGUAACAGUAUUAGCCCUGGAACAACAGAAGUGGAAUUCAAGUAAAUUGACAUUUGAUUCUGAUUGUGUAAAAUGCAGUUAUGUUUCUGUUAAAAUAAGGGAGCUACUUGGAUGUGGAGGAACACGCAUUGACUUUCAAAAAAUUACUGGAUUUUGUGCAAUAUUUUUCCUUUUCUCUUUUUAAAGUAAUUUAUUCCAGCAAAUAUGCACAUCUGCUUUUCAAGCUGAUCCUUGAGAUCAUAUUUUCUGGAACUGUAUAAAAUUACAUGUAGCAUUUAAUAUGGUUGUAUGAUAAAAACAUAAACAUAAUGUUGUCACCAGCCAAAUGUGCAUCUGCAAAUGUGACUGAAAAUGAUUGUGGUUGUCAUGUUAUUGUACUAUAGUAAUAAACAUGAUUUCAGCAAUGAUUAAUAUACAAGUACUCAAAAGUAAUAAUCUCUAUAUUCUACUCACAGUAUGUUACAAGAACAUAGUGGGAGUAAUUCCUGUUUAUAUAUUUAGAACUCCUGAUGCUUAGUUUAAUCUCCUGAUUUUUUAACAAGUUAAGCGUCUCUUAUUAAUACAAUCAGUACAAUCCUAGAUAAUAAUUUAUGGUGGUGACUCUAUGUAUAUCCAGAAUCUAGUUUGUGGCAGCCCUAAUUGUCAUAAAACAUUGCUUAAAUCAAUUGUUGCCAGUACCUUUUAAUUUUUUGUAAAUUAAAUUAUGUAUUGAUGUACAUUUUGUUGUAAUCUGCAAGCUUCUGUCAAGAACUGGUUUAAAUUAAUUUACUUGAAUGGAGUGAUAAAGCACUGUGGAAUAGUUAGUUUUGGAUGCAACACACAAACAAGCAUAUAUUGUGUUAAUUCACCAUUUUGUUCAGGAGAAGAUAAGUAAAAAUGUUUCAUUUGGUUAAGGAAAUAACUGGUUUUUUUUAAUCUGUGUCUGAAAGAGAGAAGGAAAGAGCAUCAGCAUUGAACAGAGAGUAAUAACCUAUCCUGGCAUUAUUCCUGAACUUUUUUUUCAGAGCUUUUUUUAGCCAUCUUUGGGAAAAGUUUUUAUAAAGCUCUUAUGGGCCAGUAGGGACAUCUUUAAUUACCUAUAGGAAAGACAUGAAGUACAGGAUGUUUUGAGAUGUACUGCUUUUAUUGAUCUUUUUAAUAAUCACAGAGGUAUUUAAAUAAAUUAACACUGUGUUCUAACAUGUUUAUAAAUAGGAUCAGUGACUGGCUUUUAUUAAAACUGCCACCAAAUUUAGGACUUUACUCUCUUCUGUUGCACACUUUAGCCUACAGUAUGAAGUCAUCUCCAGAAUUACAGACCAGACCUUAGACUACUACCAGUAGCACACUGUGUAUGUACUAUAAAUUGUGUUUGUUCCAAGUUAUAGUGUCAGUGCAAAGUUUUUUGUGAACUCCACUUUACCAUAAAGUGCCCCACAUUGUGUUAUAAAAUAAAAUUUACCAAAAUCAAA